GACAGCCAUUCUUAUUCCAGGUGAAUUCCCGACUGAAACCAUGCUGAGCGAGUCCAACCUGUACUGCUGCUCCCUGCUGAGCGUCCUCAGCCCUCCCACCGCUCCACCCCCUCAGGCCAACUCGUCCUCAACAACCCUCCCUCUGCUGGAGAAAACUAAACACCACACCACCCCACUUCCACUAAACACGCCACUUAAAAACAACUCAAACAAACUUCAGAAUCCUACAGUUUAAAAUACAUUUACCCAGCACUAACGGUCUGGAUUUAAUGCCAAAAGGAGGUUUCAUGCCUUAAAAUGUGCUACUUUUAGCACCAAGCAGCGACUGACCCACUCCUCAUUCAGGAAUGUUGGAGAGCAGGUUGAAGAAUGAGCGCUCUGGUUCUGUAGGAGAGCGACACUAAAGGAGAGGAUAAGGAGGAAGAUGGGUGACUGCGUCUGCAGCUAGCGCACACACACACGGACUGGUUAUGAACUCUGGGAUUUGGAUGUCUUGACAACCUUUUAUUUUGGGGAAUUGCAGCAGAUUUCAUCUGAAUGCGUCAACAGAGACCUUCCUUAAUAAGCAACAGAAAAAGAACCAAACAGGAAAGAAGAGAAAUGAAUGUGAACCACACGACCUCCUUUAGCUCAACUCCAAAUAUAAAACCUGAAUUCCCUGGGUACUACGCCCUCUUGCCUCUUGUUGUACUCGCACUGAGUAGCUGCAUAGUGGCAGUGGUUUUCUAUAUGAAAAGGAGAAGAAGACUAGAUGAGCUGCGCCACCAUCUGAUUCCGGUUUACACCUACGACCCCGGAGAGGAAGAGGAAGACUGGAGAGAUUAUGACAAAGACGAUGAGGAGGAAGGGCUGGCUGAACCUUUGUACAAGGAUUCACAGCUCUCCUUUGAUAGAACAUGAGCAGGAAGGAAAGAAGGAGGAUUUCAACUAGGAAAUAAUCUUAUUUUACUAAUUGUAGUGGACAGGCUUGACUGACAACCAUGCAAUAAACCAUUAAAACCUGCUGCUGCAUUGAUCAAUGUGCUGUAUUGGCCACCAGAUGGCGCCACAGUCUUGAUUUUUGCCUCAGAAAUGUUUUUAUUUUGUUCUUUUUUUCUUACGGGACUGUACAGAGUUUUGUUGUUUUUAGUCAAAGUAGUGACCAUGAUGUAGUUUUACAUGAAUAAACUGAGAAGUGCAAAAGUG